ACGAUCGUGACAAAAAUCCCUCUGUUUUAAAGUUGACAAUAAUUUGUGUUUGUUAAAUCAUCGUGAUCGCUAAAUACUCGUGUUUACCUUGGAUACACUGUGCUGUGAUUCACUUCGAGCGACAGAGAAAAAUCUCAACGAACAAAAUGUCAGAGCAAAAGUACUCGGUGGACGAGGUCACGAGACACAACCACGCCGACGAUUUGUGGAUGGCGCUGCACGGCAAAGUUUACGACAUGACCAAGUUCCUCAAAGAGCAUCCGGGCGGCGAGGAGGUGCUACUUAACCUGGCGGGGUCGGACGGCACCAAGUGCUUCGACGAAAUCGGACACUCGCAGGAAGCCAAGCAACUGAAGGACACCUUGGAAAUCGGCGAGCUCGUGGGCAGUUUCCCGGAGGAGAGCAACAGUGCCGGUAAAAGGGAGGCAACGCUCGACGACGACGACGACUGGACCUACGAAGCGCCGAAGAAACAAAGCUCGCCCUACCUACCGAUCUUCAUCGCCUUUGGCGUUGUCGUUUACGCCGCGAUUUUUUACUACCUGUUUUAAACAGCCGAUCCUACUUUUCUCCUCAUUGUAUUAUUUACAUAAGAUUUUUUGUACUAAACGCGCGGGGGGUGUUAUUUUUUUCUUUCUUUUACAUCCGUCACGUGACUCUAGAGUUUGGACUUUGUCGUGACAAUGUAUUCAUGCGAAUCUAUGCGAAAAGUUCUCAGUUGCGUGUUAUUCCGUGCGCUAGUUGCAAACACGCGUCAUCGUGACUCGACAGAGUAGAGAAAGAGGCUAUUAGACGUAAGUUUGUUCCAGUCAGAUCAGUCAGAUGCCCGAGAGUUUUCGGUAAACAUUGUCACAGGAAAUUCUUUACCCCCCUCCCCCCCCGAUAAGAUUGUUAUGAGGGACGCGCGAUGAUGAUUUAAUACACGCGUGGGAUUUUUUUUUCUCUCCGACUGUGUUGACAUUACAAAAGGAGAAGCUUUUACGGUUGCUCUUGAGAUUUUUUCAUUUUCAACCAAAUUUUCAUUCAGCCGGUGCCCGAUAACAUGGAAAGAAGCAACACAAAAGAAGCGCUGUGACGAAGAGUAUGCAUUAUUCUACGGUUUUUUUUUUUUUUUUUUUUUAAGCACGAGUUGAACGAGAACGCGCCUUUGAGAUCUUUCGUUAAAAUUAGCAAUCAUAAAAUCAUUACGCGUGGGGGGAAAAAUUACGCGAGCGUUUAAAACAACUUUUAAAAUACAUCAGAUUUCCAAGACAAAAGUUCAACAAGCCUGAUAAUGACGUGUGUUCGAUAGUUGAGUCACGUGGUUGAAAAAUAGGCAGAGCUUUCUAAAGAUCAAGUUGUAAUUGUGUUUCAAUGUAUUUUGUAAAUAAA